GUGGACUAGUUUUGGCUCUUACGUGUUUUUUUUUAGCAGAAGUUACCAUGGCCUGAAUCUUGAAUGUUACAGUUUUAAAGCAAAGUAAAGGCGCCUAGGUGGACAUUUCAUUCAAUAUAUAACAAUUUAUGCAUAGUAUAGAUUUUUUUUACUUAGUUUCACCACUUGCCGUGGGACCUAAGACCAUGACUCGUUAUAACGUCUGACCUGUUCUCUCUUUUAACACUAUUGAAGAUAGGUAUUUGUCCAAAAUCCCUGACCAACCAUUGGAUCCGCCAUGGAGGUUUCAAUUUAACUGGAGGUCUUUCCAAUAGGAUAGGAUCACAGCAUCAGUUUUUUGUACCCCUUUGUGCCCAAGCGCCAUCUUUCGGAUUUGUAGGGAUGUGUCAAACGUAAAAAUGACAUAGCUUUUUCCUCCAACAAUUGAACUUCUGCGUCAAACUGAGCUUAUUUUUUUUUCUUUUCAAUCGCAUCUAGCACUAUCCUUUGUUUUUUUUGAAUAACAGCUCCGCUUAUUUCAACACUAAGGGGUAAACAACGACCCCCGUGAGUAAUCCUAGUGUCGUCGGGUACCUCGGUGAUCUCAUUUGAUCUCAUUUGGAAACGGGACAAAAACGGAAACGUUGUUCAAAAACGGCGCCGUCUACCAAUAUCGUUCCGAGGAUAAUAAACUCAAGUCGGCCAUCAUAUUUCGUCUAGGAGAAGAGCGGAUCAAUGAUAUCACGAAAAUCCUGUUCUACUUUGAGCGUAAGAAAUUCAACUUUAAACACAUGGAGACAAGGAAAAACAAGAAUGAAUUCGAGCUCUACAUCGAGUUGGAAAACUUGGAUUGUCGGGAAUGGACUCAUAUCCGAGCCAUGCUUGAGACUUUGAUCCAUGUAGAUAUUUACCCGCGGGCUACCACGGCCAAGGACAAAACUGAGGAGCCAACGAACGACAUUCCGGAGAUGGAAGAUGUGGCCUGGUUCCCGAAGAGCAUUGGCGAUCUGGACAAUUUUCAAAAUGUUCUCAUGUACGGCACUGAUUUGGAUGCGGAUCACCCUGGGUUCUUGGACAUGCGUUAUCGGAAACGAAGGAAAUUGUUCAGCGAAAUUGCGAUGCUCUACAAACAAGGGAGAAAUAUUCCAAAAAUCCGAUACACUGACGAGGAAAUCAGGACUUGGGGCAGUAUCUACACGCAUUUGGAAGAGAUGUAUUACCAUUAUGCCUCUGAGAAGUUUGUGAAAAACUUCAAGGAGCUUCAAGUACAUUGCAAUUACAGUCGUAAUUGCAUUCCCCAAUUGCAAGAUGUGAGCAAUUACCUGAAGAGGAAAACCGGAUUCACUUUGCGGCCAGUGGCAGGAUAUUUAUCGCCUAGAGAUUUUCUGAGUGGCUUGGCAUUUCGAGUGUUUCAUUGUACACAAUACAUCCGCCAUAGCUCGGAUCCCUAUUAUACUCCUGAACCGGAUUGCUGUCAUGAGCUUCUUGGACAUAUGCCCAUGCUAGCUGACUCGGAAUUCGCCCAAUUUUCACAAGAGAUUGGACUGGCAUCUCUAGGAUGUUCUGAAGGGGACAUCAAGAAAUUGGCUGCGUGUUACUUCUUCACCGUAGAAUUCGGCCUUUGUGUCGAGGAUGGAUUUCUGAAAGCCUACGGUGCGGGAUUAUUAUCCUCGGGAGCGGAAUUGGCACAUGUCAUGAACGGCAUCCGGAACAACUCGGUAACCGUGGACAUGUUCGAAGUGGAAAAGGCCUGCCAGACCCAAUGCAUGGUUACUUCGUAUCAAAAGCGAUAUUUCAUCACCAACAGCUUCCAGGAUGCAUUGGCUGCUCUGAGACAAUUUGCCUCGAGCAUUGAGCGACCAUUCUCAGUUGAAUACGAUCCAUACACUCAACGCGUCUUGGUCUUGGACAUCGAAGGUAAAGAAAACCGAGACGAAAACGAGAAGCAAGCCAAGACAAAGAAGAUCCUUGAUAGAUAUGAAGAGGACCAAGAUCAGGAAGAAUGAUUAUCUUGAUUCGCACUCCCAAGAUUGUUCUCAGAUCAUUAAUUUUGCCGCAAUGUAUUGUUAUCAAUGUAUCAUUCAAUGUUGUCUCAUAGAAUAAAGGUUUUGGGAACCAAACA